AUGGAGGAGUUGCUAUGUCAAGUUCGGGAUGUGUACGGUGAUGAGAGCCUGGCCCUUUUGGACUUUGAAGAUGGUGAUGACCUUGACGAUGAUGUGCACCUGAUAAAUGUGAGUUUAAGGAUCAAGCCUCUUUGCCUAUUGUACAUAUUACACCGUUUUAAGCCCCAUUAG